AAUUCGAAUUUGAUUAUCUUUCAUUCAGCCAACAAUUUCCUCCCUAUUUUGUUUUGUAAAGCCAAAGAGAUUUUAUCCAAUAUUAGAUUAAUAGAAUAAAAUUCAAGCAAAACGACAUAAAAAAAUAUUCGAGAAAUUAUGCCCUUUCAGUCUGUUGCGUAUCAAGCAAAAGUUUCAACUAGAUUUCUAAUAUCCUUGGAUUGAUUGGAUUUGUUCUUCACUCUUCACGCCUCUUCAAAUGACAAUUGAGGCGAGAAGCAAUGAUAGGAGGAAAUAAUGGAACAGUUGGAAGAUUUUAUGAGGAAGAGGUCCGCCGGCUGGUCCGAGCAAUCCGUGUAAAGGCAGCAACUCUCUCCAACAUGGGUGGUCCGCAGCCCCACGUGGUCACAGUCCUCUGCUUCAACUGUCAAUAGCACAUCCUGCUUCUCUCCUCCUCCUAUACCAGAGGAGAUCCCUCGAAUCUUCUUCUUCCUCUUCUCCUUCUUAAAGCAUAGCUGCAGAGAGAGAGAGAGAGAGAGAGAAAGAGAGAGGAGUGGUGGAACUGUCAGAAAAUGAGGGCUCUGAAUUCUCACUUCGUGCUCGUUGAUUUGCACAGCUCGUGGCGCUCUGCGAACCAUAUACCCAUCUCGACCUUCUCUUAUAUUCAGUCUUCCGAAUGGGUCUCUUCCUUCUCUUCGGUAUUCCGUCGAACAUGUCGUUCUCAUAAGCGAAUUUUGUCUUCCAAAUCCCCGACCCCAUCGAUUCAGUCCCCGGAAAUCCGCAGGCCUUCCGAUCGGUUCUCGCCCGGAAAUGGGUCGUCUUCGAAUUCACAAAAUUCGGCUUCGACUUCACGACCUGAGGCGGUCUCGGAGUUGGAGCUGUUUCUUGAAUUGGUGCCUUUGAGGAUGAGAAACCAGCUGGUUCGGCAUUCGGAGAUUGAGGAGUUAAUAGAGGUUGUGAUGGAUUUGGGAAGGAAGCCUCUUGCUAGGUUCCCUUCGGGUGAUUUUGUGAUCUCGGAACAGCCCGUAAAGCUUGAGGAUUUACGGCACGCGAUAUCAAAGGUUAGUGAGUUUUCAGAUGACAACCGCUCGGGUAUUGAUCGUUCACUUCAUCGUAUAAGUGCUAUUCGAAAUCGUAAAAUGCAAAUUAUUGGCCUUACUUGUCGCGUGGGUCGAGCUGUAUCAGGCAGCGCUGAGAUUAUACAUGAUUUGGUAGAGGGGGGAGGUUCCAUCCUGGUUAUUGGGCCACCUGGUGUUGGCAAAACAACCUUAAUCAGAGAAAUAGCUAGGAUGGUUGCAGAUGAGCACAUGAAACGUGUUGUCAUUGUGGAUACAUCAAAUGAGAUUGGAGGUGACGGAGAUGUCCCUCAUUCAGGAAUUGGUGGUGCGAGGAGGAUGCAAGUUCCUAAUGCUAACAUGCAGCAUAACGUUAUGAUUGAAGCGGUGGAAAAUCAUAUGCCUGAAACCAUCAUAAUUGAUGAAAUUGGAACGGAGCUUGAAGCUUUGGCUGCCAGUACAAUUGCUCAAAGAGGAGUUCAGUUGGUUGGAACGGCUCAUGGAAUGACCAUAGACAACAUAAUAAAGAAUCCAUCACUGCAGAUCCUCGUCGGUGGCAUAGAGAGCGUAACUCUUGGAGAUGAAGAAGCGAGGAAAAGGAAAGUGCAGAAGACAAUUCUCGAGAGGAAAGGAUCUCCGACAUUUACGUGUGCAGUUGAGAUGAUUUCAAGAACCGAGUGCCGGGUACAUCAUAGAUUAGAUGCCACUGUGGAUGCUAUAUUGACAGGGAAGCCUCCCCUGUUUGAAGUUCGUCACAUCAAUGCUCAAGCUAAUAAUUCUCUCCAGCCCACUCCGACGCAUGAAAGGAAUCACCUCGAAGCAUCUGUGUUGACUAGUAAUGAAGGCAAAAAUGCUGCAGUAGAAUCUGAUGAAAAAGAUGAGGAUGAUCCACCAAAUCAUUCGAAGAAAUGGGGCAGAAAUGAAUCUGUGACCAGGAGGAGCUCACCAGUAUGUGUUUAUCCCUACAAGAUCCUUGAAGCUGAUAUACUAGAGGUAGCAAGUGUUAUGGGAGUUGAGGAUGAAUUCGAUGCAACUGACGACAUUGAAGCAGCAGAUGCCAUUCUGGUGUCCAGUUCUGAAAUGAAGAAGAACCCCUGGAUUCGUGGUGUGGCUAAAUUUCACCAUUUGCCCGUAUUUGUAAUCAAGUCAAAUACAAUGGCACAAAUGGUGAAAGCAAUCCGCAUGAUCCUCGGUAUGGAAUAUUUUGGUUCCAUAUCGAGGCAGCCACUCAAGGAUUCUUUCGACAUUGAAAUUGAAGAUGAUGCGCCUAUAAGAAAACCCUCCUUGGAAGAGAUUGACGCCUUGGAGGAGGUUCGCCUUGCGAUCGAAUACAUUGUGAUUCCUGGCGGAGAGCCAGUAGAGCUUCUGCCUAGGCGCUCGGAUAUAAUUGCCCGGCAGCUUGAGCUGGUGGAGAGUUACCGACUAGCUGCCGAAAAUUCUGGCACCGACCUGAACCCAAGGUUGCAGAUUCUUCCCUUGAGGUUAAACGAAAACACUUCUGUCAAAUGCUCCAAAUCAAGUUGGAGCUUGCAAAAGGGAACAAGCUUUAAAUCACCAACUGGCGGAGCUGGAGAUUCAGGUGUUGCUCAGCUGCCACUCUCGCCGGAGUAGUUCCACUGUGCCUCGGGUUGUAACAUAUUUCGUUUUCUGGGUGCUGCGUGUGCCGCUCGUGUACAGUAUGAUGCUCAUGUGUUGUAAAAACUUACAACGAAUUUGUAUUCUUUUUCUUCUUCAAUGCAAUGAUAUAUUGUGUCACCCGCGGGUGGGUUGGCUCAA